GGGCUGGAGAGUCGGGCAAGAGCACCAUCGUGAAGCAGAUGAAGAUCAUCCACCAGGAUGGUUACACCCCCGAGGAGUGCAUGGAGUUCAAGGCCAUCAUCUAUGGCAACAUCCUGCAGUCCAUCCUGGCCAUCAUCCGGGCCAUGUCCACGCUGGGCAUCGACUACGCCGAAGCCUCCCACGCGGACGAUGGGCGGCAGCUCUUCAACCUGGCUGACUCCAUCGAGGAGGGGACCAUGCCCCCCGAGCUGGUGGACUGCAUCAAGAAGCUGUGGAAGGACGGGGGGGUCCAGGCCUGCUUCGAGAGGGCUGCUGAGUAUCAGCUCAACGACUCGGCCUCCUAGUGAGUGGGGUCACCAGCUGGGGGGGGCAGGGCCAGGCCUGGGGACACCCCCUGCUUGCUUGUUGGCCUGGGUGGGUCACCUCCCACCCCCCCCAUACUGCCCUGUCCUGUUGUGUGUGUCCCCCUCCCCAGGAUGUUCGACGUGGGAGGGCAGAGGUCGGAGCGCAAGAAGUGGAUCCACUGCUUCGAGGGGGUGACCUGCAUCAUCUUCUGCGGGGCGCUGAGCGCCUACGACAUGGUGCUGGUGGAGGAUGAUGAAGUGAACCGGAUGCACGAGUCCCUGCACCUCUUCAACAGUAUAUGCAACCACAAGUUCUUCGCCGCCACCUCCAUCAUCCUCUUCCUCAACAAGAAGGACCUUUUCGAGGAGAAGAUCAAGAAGGUCCAUCUCAGCAUUUGCUUCCCAGACUACGAUGGUCCCAACACGUUUGAAGAUGCAGGAAACUACAUCAAGACCCAGUUCCUGGAUCUCAACAUGAGGAAGGACGUGAAGGAGAUCUACAGCCACAUGACCUGUGCCACAGACACCCAGAACGUCAAGUUCGUCUUCGACGCCGUCACGGACGUCAUCAUCAAAGAGAACCUCAAGGACUGUGGCCUCUUCUGA